UAACUGCAGUCCCCGGCAACGCGCAGCCUCCCAGCAGCUCUGAGCGGGUUCACUUCAAGCAACGAUUACUAUCCUUCUGGACUAAAACGGGAUCGGUUAACGCAGGAGUGGAGUUAUUAUUUCAGUUGCGGAGGUUUGGUACAACUUCCCUGCAGACCGGAUCGCAGCCUAACAGACUUUCGCGCCGGUGGCCAUGAAGUAGGAGAGCAGAGCGGAGUCCGGCAAUAGGCCGUUAGCAGGCUGAGCUAACCUACGUGAAGCUAUUUGUAUGGGCGCUAACUAGCCAAGUGCUGUUUUUGUUAGCAUAACAGAUAGUAUAUAACGACUUUUGGCUUGUCUUUAUGCUGAUUGUACAGAGAAACCUUAGCGUAGUUCAGUGCAUUUGUACGUUUAAUUAAGUUUCGCUGAGUUUUGAGGUCUUUUUUUUUUUUUUUGAGGAAAGUAUUUAACAAGGAAAAAAAAAAAAACAACUUUAACGCAACGAAUCAAGUGGAGUUUUUUGGUUUAUUUUGGGGGAUGAUGUGUGUACCAAAGUAAUCAGUAUCUAUAAUCGAACAGACAUUGAUGAUCAAACUUGAGUCGAAAACUAUCUGGACUGCACUCCUCCCUUGCUCCUUGACUGGACUACAGUUCGCAUUUCAGCCUCUCUACACCCCGUCGACUGGACCGUUGUCUUAGAUCUUUGGCUCGGCUUCACUAGCUGGCCGCUCGGCACUGGCUGCCCAAUGGAGGAUCAUGACAACAUGGACUAUUUUUACCAGCAGGUACAGCAGAAGGACGUUACACGCAGACUGCAGGUCGGCCAGGACCUCAUAGACUACCUGAACGACCCAGAUCGCUCCCCGGACGUGGAGCAGGACAAGCCUCGGCUUGAUAAGACCAUAGACGAGUUAACGGGAUGGAUCAACUCCAGCAAUUUCAAGGUGGCUUUGUUAGGGAUAGACAUCUGCGGGGCAUUCGUGGACCGCAUAGGAGAACGUUUCAAAGGAUACUUUGGCACAGUCUUGCCAGCUCUGGUGGACCGGCUGGGUGACGGGAAGGAUCAGGUCAGGGAGAACAGCCAAGCUCUCAUCCUUCGCCUCAUGGAGCAGACCGCAUCGCCCAUGAACGUGUGGGAAAGGCUGACUCCUGGCUUUAAACACAAAAACUUCCGCAGCCGAGAAGGAAUCUGCCUCUGUCUCAGCGCCACACUCGGCACGUUCGGAGCCCAGCCUCUCAGCCUCAGCAAAUUAGUUCCACAUCUCUGCGCUCUGACUGGAGAUCAGAACCCACAGGUUCGAGAGGCUUCUAUAACAACGCUAGUGGAUGUUUAUCGUCACGUCGGAGAGAAAGUCAAAGCAGACCUGGGAAAGAGAGGACUUCCAGCUGCUCGGCUACAGACGAUAUUUGCUCGUUUUGAUGACGCCUUGAAUUCUGGCAACAUGGCUCUGAGCCCAAGUCACGAUCGUAGUUUCGACGAUGACGACAGCGUGGACGGGCGCUCCUCUUCAGCUCAGGCUGCUUUCAAGAUUCCCAAAGUUCCCAAGAAACCUGCAGAGUCCUCUGCUGCACGCCGGCCCAGCGCCACCAGCAGCAAGCUAGUGUCUAAGGAAAGUACUGGAGCAGUUGAUGAAGAAGAUUUCAUCAGAGCUUUCACAGAUGUCCCUACUGUUCAGAUCUACUCCGCACGGGACCUUGAGGACAACCUUAAUAAGAUCCGUGAGAUCUGCUCUGACGACAAACACGACUGGGACCAGAGAUGCAUCGCUCUGAAGAAAAUCCGGUCCCUGCUGGUUGCGGGCGCAGCCAGCUACGACUGUUUUUACCAGCACCUGCGGUUGUUAGACGGAGCCUUCAAGCUGUCUGCUAAAGAUCUGCGCUCACAAGUGGUCCGAGAGGCAUGCAUCACUGUGGCCCAUCUCUCGUCAGCCCUGGGUAAUAAGUUUGACCAUGGAGCCGAAGCCAUCGUCCCCGUUCUGUUCAACCUCAUUCCUAACUGCGCUAAAGUCAUGGCCACCUCUGGCGUCUGCGCCAUCCGCAUCAUUAUACGGCACACCCACGUCCCGCGCCUCAUCCCUCUGAUAACCAGCAACUGCACGUCCAAGUCUGUGGCCGUGAGAAGGCGCUGUUAUGUUUUCCUGGAUCAUCUUCUACAGGAAUGGCAGACCCACUCUCUAGAAAAACACACUGCAGUUCUGGUGGAAAGCAUCAAAAAGGGAAUUCGAGAUGCCGACUCGGAGGCCAGAGUGGAGGCCCGCAAGGCCUACUGGGGCCUGAGGAACCACUUCCCCGGUGAAGCCGACGCUCUUUACAACUCCUUGGAGUCGUCGUACCAGAGGACGCUGCAGUCGUGUCUGAAGAGCUCCGGCAGCGUGGCCUCGCUUCCCCAGAGCGACCGCUCCUCAUCUUCCUCCCAAGAGAGCCUUAACCGUCCUCUGACUUCCAAGUGGUCAGCCGCUCCGGGGAGAGUCCCUGCUGGUUCAAGGGGCGGGGCUUCCUCAGUCUCCCUGCAGCGUUCCCGCAGCGACGUGGAUGUGAACGCAGCAGCAGUUGCUAAAUACCGGCACGUCGGACAAACCAGGGGAGCGAACCGCCUUCCCCCCGGCUCCUACUCCUCUCUGGAUGAUGCCUCUGAUAAAACGGAUGGCCGAGUUCGUACCAAGCAGCCCUUGUCGACCGCCAGCACUGUGUCGAGCCAGGUGGACUCCCGAGGGCGCAGCCGCACCAAGAUGGUCUCCCAGUCGCAACGUUCCGACGAAUCCGAUUGCACGCCAGGAUCUCAGUCUGCUAACCCUGUUGGUGCCGGCAGUCGGAGCGGCUCUCCGGGUCGCGUGCUGACCACCACGGCGUUGAGCACCAUGAGCUCCGGGGCUCACCGGGUGCUGGGCGGAGCCACCGGGGACGGACACAGGCGCAGCCGCAUCCCCCGCAGCCAGGGCUGCUCCAGGGACUCCUCGCCCACUCGGCUCUCUGUCGCUCCUUCUAGCUUUAGCUCAAACUACAACAGUGCCAGCAGAGGAGCUCGAGGCAGUCGUAUCCCUCGGCCCAGUAUGAGUCAGGGCUGCAGCAGGGAGGCCAGCAGAGAGAGCAGCAGGGACACCAGCCCCAUACGCUCCUUCACACCUCUUGCAACUCGGAGCUACUCCCGCUCCACUGGAGCGCUCCACACACCUGAUGCUUUUGGGGCUGCAGGAUCGGGUUUUGGCAUCAGCCAGUCCAGUCGUCUUUCUUCUUCGGUCAGUGCCAUGAGGGUCCUCAACACUGGCUCCGACGUAGAGGAGGCCCUCGCUGAUGCGCUGCUGGUGGGAGACAUGAGAUCUAAGAAGAAGCCGGCACGGCGGCGGUACGAGAACUACAGCAUGUAUUCUGACGACGACGCCAACAGCGACGCAUCCAGCGCCUGUUCGGAGAAAUCCUACAGCUCGAGGAACGGAGGGGUCAUCCCCACCUACAUGAGGCAAACUGAAGACGUGGCUGAGGUGCUCAACCGCUGCGCCAGUGCCAAUUGGUCUGAGAGGAAGGAGGGACUUCUGGGCCUGCAGGCUCUGCUUAAGAACCAGCGAACACUCAGUCGGGUGGAGUUGAAGAGGUUGUGUGAAAUCUUCACCAGGAUGUUUGCAGACCCUCACAGUAAGCGAGACUCCGGCAGGGUGUACGGCUCGGCAGAAUCCGGUAUAAGCUCAGCCUCCUUCAAGAGAGUGUUCAGUAUGUUCCUGGAGACCCUGGUGGACUUCAUCCUGGUCCAUAAGGACGACCUCCUAGACUGGUUGUUCGUCCUGCUCACACAGCUGCUGAAGAAGAUGGGAGCCGACCUGCUGGGUUCUGUCCAGGCCAAAGUCCAGAAAGCUCUGGACGUCACACGAGAGUCUUUUCCAAACGACCUUCAGUUCACUAUUCUCAUGAGGUUCACUGUGGACCAGACGCAGACGCCCAGCCUCAAGGUGAAAGUGGCCAUCCUGAAGUACAUCGAGACGCUGACGCUGCAGAUGGAGGCCUCCGACUUCGUGAACUCCAGUGAGACUCGACUCGCGGUUUCUCGCAUCAUCACCUGGACAAUUGAACCCAAGAGCUCCGAUGUCAGAAAGGCAGCCCAGGCGGUUCUGAUCGCCCUGUUCCAACUCAACACUCCGGAGUUCACCAUGCUGCUGGCAGCUCUUCCCAAAACCUUCCAGGAUGGAGCCACCAAGCUGCUUCAGAACCACCUGAAGAACACGGGCAACACGGCCCAGGCACCAAUGGGAAGCCCUUUGACGCGUCACACCUCCCGAUCGUCUGCCAACUGGUCCAGUCCCGUCACUUCACCUACCAACACCUCACAAAACACCCCGUCACCAAGUGCGUUUGACUACGACCCGGAGAACCUGAAUUCUGAGGACAUCUACAGCUCCCUGAAAGGCGUCACAGAGGCGAUCCAGAACUUCAGCGUCCGGAGCCAGGAGGACAUGAACGAACCCGUCCAACGGCGAGAAGGAGACGACGGGGGAAACGUGUCAGACGUGAUGGACGGCGGUCGAAUGGCUCUCGACAACAAGACUUCCCUCCUCAACACGCCCCUCCUCACCUCCAGCCCCCGAGUCGCCCACGAUCACUUCUACGACUCGCCCCUGAAACAGAGCCGGAAAGACAUCAGCCUGGAGGACUCGGGCCAACUCACCGACGACAGCGGGCUCGAUCAGUCGGAGCGAGUGGCCGAGCUCCUCAAGGAGCUGUCCAAUCACAAUGAGCGCGUAGAAGAAAGAAAGGCGGCGCUGUACGAGCUGCUCAAGCUGAUCCGCGAAAACACCCUGCAGGUGUGGGACGAGCACUUCAAGACCAUCCUGCUGCUUCUGCUGGAGACGAUGGGUGACAGAGAGCACGUGAUCCGAACGCUGGCUCUGAGGGUGCUGAGGGAGAUUCUGGGUAAGCAGCCUUGGAGGUUCAAGAACUAUGCAGAGCUCACCAUCAUGAAGGCCUUGGAGGCUCACAAAGAUCCACACAAAGAGGUGAUCCGCGCUGCGGAGGAGACAGCUGCCAUGUUGGCACUGUCCAUCAGUCCAGACCAGUGCAUCAAAGUGUUGUGUCCAAUUAUUCAGUCAGCUGAUUACCCCAUCAACCUGGCUGCUAUCAAGAUGCAGACAAAGGUGGUGGAGAGAGUUCCCCGAGAGGGCCUGGCCAGCAUGCUGCCCGAGAUCGUCCCAGGACUCAUACAGGGUUACGAUAACUCUGAAAGCAGUGUGAGGAAAGCCUGUGUGUUUUGCCUGGUGGCCAUCCAUGCAGUGAUUGGAGACGACCUCAAACCGCACCUCAGCCAACUCUCCAGUAGCAAGCUGAAGCUGUUGAAUCUCUACAUCAAACGUGCCCAGUCUGGCUCCACUGGCAGCGAACCGUCAGGCGAGGGUCUAUAGAAGUCGCUCAGUCCCAGAGUGUGACUGCAGAACUGCAACUGUCCACAGCAAACAAAAAAACAUCUGCUCCUCAGAUCACACCCACACAGACGGAGACCAACGGGGGCAGACUGCUUACAUCCACAACAAGACAUGGUGUAUACACACAAAAUAAGUACACAGAGUGCUCAUGUUUCCAGCUUCGCUGCAAGAAAGAGAGAGCGAAGGAGGGAGAGGGAGUCGUGGUUCACAGGAGAGGAACGUUGUAGUUCUCACUGAGUGUCGUCCACCCUGGCUUCAGACUGGACUGAACCCUUAAAUCUGGAAUAAAUAAAAACAGCACCCGACUUCCGCUCUCAUAUUCCACCCGGGUUUCUCACCACUCACUCACUCACUCACCCCAGGAUGAAGAUGUCGCGUGUCCGUCCUGUCCAUCAAUGUCCGCUCUCAGAAACAGCUUAACGUCAGUAGGGAGUGAUGCAUCUGCAUGGUUUCAUUUUUCCCGGGGUUUAAUAUUCAUCAAACGUUGCGAUGUACAAACUGUGCUCUUUCCUGUUUCCUUCUUGGACAGUCAGUAACCGGGUCCAGGUUGCCGGGAAUGUACGGUGUCAUAGUUUGGAUUAUUUUAAGAAAUGAGAUUUUACUGCAGUGUUUUUUUUUUUCUUUUGUUUGUUUUUUUUUUUUAAUACGUUAUAGUUUCUCACAAAAGUAGAUCAAGAAUCUACUUUUUUUUUUUUUUUCUUUUUUUUUCUCAGAAAGGUGCUGACAAACCUCAGAGGUACGACCCACCCCGGCAGUGCACUAACACACACCACAGUACCGAUAAAAUCCAGAGGGGGUGUUUGGCUAUGCAUGAAACUAAAGAUAAACAAAUAACAUUUUAUUGUGGUCAAGUUUGCAGUCGAGAAUAAAACUGACUGCGGUUUUAAAUUAAUGUGAACGAUGUCCGGCCCUUUCACAUGAACCUCAGAUGGUUUUCCAUUUCUCCAAGCUCACGUUCGAUCAGCCCACUUCUGAGGAAGAUGCUGCUUUACACAUGAAGUAUGACCGUACCUGGCUAAUUAUCAUAUAGUGGACAUGUAUCUAUAUAUGAUAUUAAGAUUGAUUAUUCAAUAACGGUGUCAGGUAGGAGGAGUUUCCCCCCCAGGGGCGGGGGUGCAGGCACGCACCUUCACCCAUCCACGUUUUAUUUCCUUUUCUCUGUUGCGCGUGCCGUAGUCUUACUGACUCACUGUUUUUUUGUUUUGUUUUUUUUCUCUGCUGAGAAGAAAUUUGUAGAAAUGUAUUAUUUACAGAUCUGGAAAGAAAACGUUCUGUCUUCUUCACUUUUCUCUUUCCUCUCCAUUGUCUUUCUUUCCUCUGUCUUACAACAUUCUAGUUUUCUUUGUGCAUUUACAAAAGCUGUGCUUAAAAUAAAGAACUUGUACAGAUCAUGAUGAUAGA